GUGGGGUAGCACGAGAACCCGGUUAUGUGGUCAUGAAUAGAGAAGGAAAAAAAUUGUUGUGUGUGGAAAAAAGAGAACCCCUCUCUUUUUUUUACUCUUUCACACUUUUUUACAGUUGUAAGCAUCAUACAACAUACUUUAACCUAAAACGAGUACCGAUGAACAGCGGCGUCCUCAAGUCGAGAAAAGGCAUCGGUGAUCAGCAGGAGCACAAUAGCCACGCUAUCGACGCAUGCAUUCAUUCAUCGACAAAAGCAGCAGCUACUACUAUUUCUGCAGGCAUAGCGGCAUCAGCAACAACAACAACAGGAAGAACGGCACCCCUAUUUUCAGGCAAGAAGAGGAGGAGGAGGCACUCGGCAGCAAUUGGUAGCCAUUCUUCCGCCCUUAUUACAAACUGCAGCGGCACCACCUUUCUUCGCCAGCAUCGUAAGGCAUUUUCCUUGGACACCACUCCUCUUUUGCCGGAUCUUUAUUCGCUAUCCUCCUACGACAGUAACAGUUUGGGAGCAGUAACCGCAGUAACAUCAACACCAACGACAGCAGUAGCCAAGAGCAACAUUAACAACAUACCGGACUGUGAUCGUCAACAACGGCAACAACUCCAGUACAUAGAAACAAUAUCCUUAACCAAAAACAAUAAUUGUACAACAACAAACAAUAACAAUACCCUCUCAACAACUACAACUAAAAGUACACCUUGCACUGUUACCACUGCUGGCUCGAAGGCAAACAUUUCUAAUAACACCGAAUGCAACAAUCAUAAUGCCAUGGCAACACGUUCCUCGAUGCCGCCAACGUCGUCCCCCGAACGACAUGAUUCCGUAGACCACCAAGUUAUUGAUAUUUCUAGACGAGUUCCCGAUAAAGCAAUUCGAGUAGACCGCGAUUAUUCUCGAGGAGAUGGUAUCACUCGCUUUGCUACCGAUUAUCCUCCACUUUUGGCUGGUCGGAUAUCGUCCGAACAGUUCCAACAUACCAUAGAUGGUAUAAACCGGCUUUUGGAAGAAGCAGAGCGCGUAUCAUGGAAUGCUGUGUUUGACAAUGUUAUGGAGUGCCUGACCAUUUAUACCUGGCCCAUCUUUUUCUCCACUCACUAUCAACGGUGUAUUCGACGUUUGCUUGCCUUUAUACAAUCUGAAAACGAGUCUUUGUACCAUCAACACGACGUAUCCAUCUCCAAUCCCAUCCGAUGUGCCUGCCUUUUCCUCGAACUCAAAGUGUAUGAUUGAUCCUCUCCCUCACCCUUUCUUCACAUCCUAUCUAUAAUGCACGCUUAAAUCGCUUUGCUUCACCGGCAUCCUUUACUGUUCUUAGUGGAAGAUACAAUUCUGCAAUAUAAAAAAAAGAAUGGCUUCAAUACAAUAAGGAAAAAGCUGAGCUUGACCUGUUCCUGCGGAUCUCUUUUUUCUUCUCGCCUUUCUCGCCUUUCCCCUUAUCCACCAACCUCUAUUCUAUCCGCGUCUCGAAGAAUGACAGAGAAGCCGUCAGUCCAGCAGGAAUUACAAAAUCAAUUCCCAGGAAGAUCAAAACAAAUAGCGAGUUUAAUGGGGCUCAUGGGAAAGGUUAGAAUCUAGCAGCGUGAUUCAAGGUUGCUGAUCAUGUCACUGAUAAUUUAUUUAAUUUUUUCUCUGGGAUUCUCAAAUAAACACAAUUAGCCUCACGAUCGCGUUAUACCG